ACAUGUGGUCCCCUGUGGGCACAGCAGUGCGGAAAUCAGUAUUACACCACGGGUGUUUGUUCUGACGUCAGUCCCGAUUUUCAGCUCUUGGCCAGCUUUUCACCUGCCGUGCAGACCUGCCCUUCCCUCAUAGAUGUUGUGGUUGUGUGUGAUGAAUCAAACAGUAUUUAUCCCUGGGAUGCAGUAAAGAAUUUCUUGGAAAAAUUUGUACAAGGCCUGGAUAUAGGCCCCACAAAGACACAGGUGGGGUUAAUUCAAUAUGGCAAUAAUCCACGAGUUGUGUUUAACCUGAAUACUUUUAAAACCAAAGCUGAAAUGAUUGAAGCAACAUCUAAGACAUUCCAGUAUGGUGGCGAUCUCACAAACACAUUCAAAGCAAUUCAAUAUGCAAGAGAUUUCGCUUAUGCAGCAGUUGCUGGUGGAAGACCAGGUGCUACCAAAGUAAUGGUGGUUGUAACUGAUGGUGAAUCACACGAUGGUUCAAUGUUGAAAGCUGUGAUUGAUCAAUGCAAUAACGACAAUAUACUACGGUUUGGUAUAGCA